UCCGUAUUUAAAGCAGAGGCGAUGACAUUUAACCCGCUGCAAAUCUCUGGACUGGUUCUUGGGUUCUUCGGCAUGGUGGGGACUCUGGCCACAGCACUUCUGCCUCAGUGGAGAGUAUCAGCUUUUGUUGGCAGCAACAUUAUUGUCUUUGAAAGGCUCUGGGAAGGGCUCUGGAUGAACUGCAUCAGACAAGUCAAGGUUAGGCUGCAGUGCAAGUUCUACAAUUCUUUGCUGUCUCUCCCACCUGCCCUGGAAGCAGCCCGCGCCCUCAUGUGUGUAGCUGUUGCCUUAUCUCUGAUUGCUCUGCUUAUUGGCAUCUCCGGCAUGAAGAAGAUUCAGUGCAAAGGCUCUAACGAGAGGGUUAAAACAUAUCUUCUGGGGACUUCUGGAGUCCUCUUUAUCCUGACGGGCAUCUUCAUUCUCAUUCCGGUGUGCUGGACAGCCAAUAUCAUCAUCAGGGAUUUCUACAACCCAGCCGUCCACAUAGGUCAGAAACGAGAGCUGGGAGCGGCACUCUUCCUUGGCUGGGCAAGUACCGCUGUCCUCUUCAUCGGAGGGGGUCUGCUUUGUGGGUUCUGCUGUUGCAACAUAAAGAAGCAAAAGCACAGAUAUCCAGCCGCUGGGCAUCCUGCGCCACACACAGAUAAGCGGCCACAGAACGGGACAGUGCUUAGUAAGACCUCCACCAGUUACGUCUAACGCCUGCUUUUCA